UUCCACCUUGGACUGCACAUUUCUGUGGUGAAGAUCCCUGACACGACUGUGAGAAUUUCCCUGCUCUUCUGCCUGCUCGUUCAGCCUGAGCCCACGGGUCGAGUCCAUAUAUCUGGAGACUCCUGAUUUCUACCUGGAGUCUCUGAUCACCUGCCUGUCUUUUCCUGUGUUCUCUGAGAGUGGCAUCAAAGGUAUGUCUCUUUACCCUCCGCUGCGCUCCAGCCACCGUCAGCACCAACUAUUACUACAACCGGCUCCGGCUGCUUCAGUCUCUCAUCCAGCGGUGGAGCCAACAGAGUGGCCAGAGGAAAAUCCAGCUGUGACACAAGUGCAAACUUCGAGGGUUGAGUGAUUAAUUGAUAGAUUGAGUGCUUAUAAAUUUAAAAAAAAAAAAGCCUGAGCCAUGGCGACAAUAGGAGAUUUCGACCCACUCAACUCCACCGUCCCUGCUACAAAGAUUGAAGUCACCGUCUCCUGCAGAAACCUGUUAGACAUGGACACCUUCUCGAAGUCAGACCCAGUGGUAGUGUUGUAUGUUCAAGGCCUGGGGACCAAGGAGUGGAGAGAGUUUGGUCGGACUGAGGUGAUCGAUAACACGCUGAACCCAGACUUCGUGAGGAAGUUUGUCCUUGAUUUCUUCUUCGAAGAGAAACAGAACCUUCGCUUUGAUGUGUACAAUGUGGAUACCAGGAGCUCCAACCUUUCAAAACACAAGGACUUUCUGGGUCAGAUGUUCUGUACGUUGGGGGAGAUCAUCGGCUCGACCGGAAGCAGGCUGGAGAGGACGCUCUCUGGGAUUCCCGGAAAGAAGUGUGGAACCAUCAUCUUCGCAGCCGAGGAGCUCAGUAACUGCCGGGACAUAGCGACAAUGCAGCUCUGUGCCAACAAGCUGGACAAAAAGGAUUUCUUCGGCAAGUCUGACCCUUUCCUAGUCUUUUACCGGAGCAAUGAAGAUGGGACGUUCACCAUCUGCCACAAGACUGAGGUGAUCAAGAACAAUCUGAACCCUGUUUGGCAGCCGUUUACCAUCCCUGUCCGAGCACUCUGUAACGGAGACUAUGACAGGACAGUGAAGGUGGACGUGUUUGACUGGGACCGAGAUGGGAGUCAUGACUUUAUCGGCGAGUUCACCACCAGCUACAGAGAACUGUCCAGAGGCCAAAGUCAGUUCAAUGUCUACGAGGUUUUAAAUCCUAAAAAGAAAGGCAAGAAGAAGAAAUACAUCAAUUCAGGGACGGUGACCUUGCUGUCUUUCAAAGUGGAGUCAGAAUACACAUUUGUUGACUUCAUCAGAGGAGGGACACAACUCAAUUUCACAGUGGCCAUAGACUUCACAGCAUCCAACGAUAUGAACUCAAAUACAGAAAACCCAAACUGUGUGGGGAUCGAUGGGGUGCUAGAGGCAUAUUUCCAGAGUCUGCGAACAGUUCAGCUGUAUGGUCCAACCAACUUUUCUCCAGUCAUCAACCAGGUGGCUCGAUGUGCUGGAGAAGUGACUGACGGCUCCCAGUACUUUGUGCUGUUGAUGAUUACAGACGGCGUCAUCUCAGACAUGGCUCAGACCAAGGAGGCUGUGGUGAAUGCAGCCUCCCUGCCCAUGUCUAUCAUCAUAGUAGGAGUGGGUCCUGCUGAGUUUGAUGCUAUGGAGGAGCUGGAUGGGGAUGAAGUCAGAGUUUCCUCCAGGGGGCGCUUAGCUGAGAGAGACAUUGUCCAGUUCGUUCCUUUCAGGGACUACAUCGACCGCUCUGGUAAUCAGGUCUUGAGCAUGGCCCGCCUAGCCAAGGACGUCCUGGCAGAGAUCCCUGACCAGCUGCUGUCCUUCAUGAAGAGUCGGGGGAUUGAACCCCGGCCCCCCUUGCCCAUCACCUCAGAAUCCCCCUCAAUGUCCACCAACACUGCAACCACCACCAAGGAACGCAACAUGCAUGCCUGAAAAUUAGGGCAUGUGUGAGUGUGUGUGCGCAUGUGUGUUCUGCAUGGUUUCCAGGAGUUGUUAAGAGGAACCGGGUCAGGCUUGUUCACUGCUUCACAGUGUACUUAAAGGGACAACUUCCAGAAGAGAAAAUAUCCCAUCAUAAAAGUGUAUGUGUAAAGGAUUCUUCUGACAAGAUCUGGAUCACAAGUGUAAAAGAAAUGCAGUUUUGAUCUUUUAAUGUUUCUCGUUCUGUCUUCUGUCAGCUCCUGUCACUAUACUCCCUCUGGAGGUGCAACACCCAGCUCUGCUGUCACACACAACUGCACUUAAAUGUCAUUUGGCUGUUUUUCCUCAGUCACUGAUUCUCUUUUUUCCUUUUUUUUUAAAACCCAACUUCUGCUGAUGUUGAUUCUUCAUCCUCCUUUAUUCGGUUCUGGCUCUGUCUGCUCCAAUAUAGUAAUGAAUCCUGAAGUAGCCGACAAUGUGCUUGCUAUCAAUUGCAAAGAAAGGCAGUAUGGAGAAAGAUGUCCAUUUCCUUGUUUAUUAAUUCUCAGGGCAUUUCAAAGGCUUGACGGUAACGCAGGAAACUGAAAAUUGUGGAGUAGAAAUGAUAUCCUGUCCUGAUCGUGGCAACUCAGCACCAGGGGACACCAGUUGUUUUUAUUGCUUCAUGAAAGUGUAUGCUGUAUAUUAUUCUAUGCUGAAGAUGACAUUCAAAUGUUUUUCCUUGAGGGGGUAAUGAAUGCUCUGCCUUUCAAGGUCAAUAUCCAGUGAUGGAGCAUCGUCAUGUCUGAACUAAUCCCACAUGGACAUGAAGGGAGACACUUGCAAGCAGGAAAUAUAUUUGUGGCCCUGAAACUGGCUCAAAUUGGAGAACGUACUAAAAUAUCCUCCAUUCCAGCACCUCCACUUUCUCCGGCAAGCGUACCAUUUAACAUUAUCAGGCUGGGCAAUUUAUUUCAGCCCCGGUUGCAAAGGACAUCCUCAUAUCAGUGUGCUCCGCUGUCCAGCCUCUUCCUCUAAAUUGUAACACUCUCAGCUGAGGCGAAUCAUUCUUGACUGUGGGUGCCUCUGUCUGAAGCUGCCUGGAGCUGAUCAGUGUGCAUUUCACAGUCCAGAAUAUUUCAUAUGUAGCAGAGAAUGCGUGGAUGUGUCAGGGUCACCUUUGCUUUCCUUUAUUUUGUUUUAUGGAAAGAGAAGGAAAAACUGUGGAAAUUGAAGCAGUGGUUUGGUAUACACUCUUUUAUUAGUUCAUUAGGUAAAACUAAUACAGUCUAAUA